GACCCCAGCGUCGCGCGUACAGAGAGGAAGAUCAAGCAAGCACCAGAGGGGGGCUACGAACGAAGGGGAGCGGUCAAUAGGUGAGUCACAAUAUACCAUCGAGGCAUGAUGGAGUUGUUUGAUCGGAUAUCAGGGGACCCAUUGCCCGCCUGUUCCUGUCCCUCUGGAAAAGUCCCUUCCUUUUUUUAUAUCCUCUCGUCUCGAACUUCUCCUUUUGCGUUCGUGCUUUGCGAUACAUCCAUACAGACAGACGGUAAUACGUUGCGUCGUCCUGCCAUUGUUUCUUGUUGCUCUCGCUAGGGGCAAGAAUAUAGCCGCCACGAUACGACCUAUACUAGUGGUAUAACAUCGUGCUUCGCCUCUUCAUCUAUUUUCCCCUCUGUGACAAGGAGCAACGACGUUGUCCAGAGACAAACAUAUCCCAUCCAUCCCAUCCAGCACCUCCUGAGACGCCGAUCCGCCCGCCCAAAAACCUUGGGGCCAAAAACCUCGGGACCGACCUGCGACAUUGAUCAUAAUACCACCUCACCAACGAGGGGCCACCUUGGAAUAGAAAAGAAAAAAAGGAGGGAAAACAAUCGACACCCGACACCCCAUCCGAAAACUUUAUAAAAAGGAACCAAGAAGCAAGACCCAAGAAACCACCCCUGAUGGGUAUCUUCACCAAGACCAAACCAGAAAUGGCCCGCGAGACCCCCAAGACAGGCUCAAGCGAAGAAGGCAGCCAACCCCCCUCCUCGGACUCAGGCGCAGCAGGCGCGGCAGAGCCCCAGCGCCCCGGCACCUCGGGCACGGAGAUGCUCCUCGUCAACAACCGGCAGCGGGCGUCGGUGCGGCUCCGCGACGCGCAGCGGAAAGAGCGCGCCUACAAGACCAAGAAGCGCAGCACGCAGGCGCGGGCCAACUGGGGCGCGGCCAAGCAGCACUUUAAAGAAGGCUUCGCGCACAACACCAACGGGCUGAAGCUCACGUGGCGCGUCGUCAGCUCCGUGGGCUACCUGUUCCGCGCCAAGAACGACAAGCUCAAGGCCGAGGCGGAGGAGAAGCGCCGGAUGCGGGCCGCGGACAAGCAGCGGCGGCUGGAGGAGAGGCUCAGGCGGGAGAAGGAGCUUGCUGAGAAGGAGGCGGCUGGGGAGGGGGAGGGCGAGGGGGCCAAGAAGGAGGGGGAGGGGGAGGCUGAGGCUGCUGCGUGA